AUGACCAAUGUACAUCUUAUGCAGGAUUGCUUGCAGAUUGAAUUUAUUGCUAAAUCUGAAGCAAUUUCUUUCCCAGAGUUUCCUCGUCUCCAUCCCAAUCAGUCACAGGUGGUACUUUGUGCUGACAAUAUAGAAAUCACACCGGCAACUGUUACCAGUGAAAAAAUUACUCAACCUUUCUGUUGUGUGUCUCUGUGUGCCACAUGGAGCGUGGAGAAGAGAAAGAGCAGCAAAGAAUUGUCUGAGAAUUUGAGAACAUACAUUCUGGAAAAGCAUGGACAAUCUCAAGGUUACAAGUGCAUUUCCAGAGAUUUUAAUGUUCCUAUGUCCACUGUGCACAACAUUGUCAAGAAGUUUACAGCCUAUGCAACUGUAGUUUAUCUCCAUGAACAUAAGAGAAAAAUUGAUCAAAGAAGGAGGAAGGUAUCUUUACUACUGCCCUCUAUAGGUGGCCUAAUCACCGUCACUGCUUAUUGUUUAGUGUCUUUCUUUAAAUGGCCACUUGAAGUCUUGUUUCUCUCUUCAGUACUCAGCGGAUUCCUGGGUGGAUUUGCUACAUUUUUGGGGGGAUGUUUUUCUUAUAUAGCAGACAUUGCAAAGGACAUCCAGAAGAAGAAUAUUCGCAUUGCUUUUAUUGAUAUAGUUUUUGGGGUGUCAAGUGGGAUUUCAGGGAUCACAUCUGGGUACAUCAUUACUGCACUUGGAUUUAAAUGGUCAUUUUUCAUACCAGCAAUUUUGCACAUUUUAAAUAUUUUAAACAUAAUUUUUAUACUGGAAGAAACGAUAAAAAGGGCAGAAUUUUAUAAUCCUGUCCUGAGCAAAGAAGGCGUUAAGGAACUCUUCUCCAGAGUCUUUUUAUUGUUUAAACAUUCAUCCUGCAAGAAACGACUGACAAUCGGCCUUCUGUUGUUUGCUUUUAUGUUCUUUUUGUUUGCCAAUUUUGGAGCUGUAAACCUGUUCACCCAGUGGCGUGCCACCUUAUAUGAGCUGGACUCGCCUCUGUGCUGGGACCCGGUACUCAUCGGAUGGGGAUCGGCUCUGUCUACAUUUUGCUUUAUAGGCAGCUUCCGGGGUGUUUUCCUCUUCACACAAUGUCUGAAAGAUUUCUACAUCGUCCUCAUUGGAAUGGCAUCCUGGAUUGGAGGGAUUAUAAUGGCUGCGUUUGCCACAACAACCGUAACCAUGGUGUUAGGUAAGGUUCACUGUGAUAAGCCAGUUCAAUUUAUUCCAUAUGGGUAUAUCUUGUUUUGA